CGUGGCUGGGCGGCUAUGGCGUGUCUCGGAGACGCUGGAUUCUUUUUCAUUUUGUCUCAUUUCACAACGCUUGCUGGUUACAUAGGUCCCAUGGAUACUUCACGUGAACCAGAUGAAAAGUCGGAAGGUGAAUUGUCGGAAGGCGAGUUACCAUCCGACGAGGGCGAAGUCUCGGAUGAAGGCGAGCUCCCCGACAGUGAGCCGGAGGAGGAACCUCCAGCUAAAUUGCCUGAACCCGAGAAAUCGCCUGAGUCAGCCGAUAAGUUUGAUCGCUACAAAAUUUGGCAAGAAGCGAUGGUGAAUAAUAUGCGCUCUGCAAUAACCAAAGUCGGUGACGUAGGCGAGAGUUCAAGCGCAUCGAGUGGCAGCGAUGAGGAAAAUUCUGCUUUCAUGAUGAACGACAGUGAGAUUCCGCCAAAUUUGAGGGCCUCUUACGAUGACAAGGACCAGAAUUUGUUGGGGGCACUGGGGGUUGAUACCCAGGAGGAUGCUGAAGAGGGCCAAGGGGUGAAGAGAAAAAAGAAGAAGAAGAAGAAGCAGAGCACACCUAGUGAGUGGUGGGAGCGACACAAGGAGAUCUACGAAAAAAUGAAGGAGCGGAGGCAGGAGAUGGACGCCUUCCGAGCUAAAACUUAUUGUCGGUUCUUUCAGAAGGGAUUCUGCAAGGAGGGUGACGAGUGUCCUUUCCGUCAUGAAAUACAGAAGAGACUUGACGUGUGUAAAUACUUCAUGAAGAAUCUGCCGUGUCACAAAGGGGAUCACUGUCCUUACAUGCACAAUGAAUAUCCCUGCAAAUAUUUCCACCUAAGAGGCUUCUGUUACAACGAUAAGGAAUGUAGGUUCAGUCACGAGGCCCUCACUGAUGAUACCAGACAGAUCAUUGAAUUUUUGAAGAAUGACAGAUACGAUCGAGGACCCCGGUUUAAGAGGUUCAGAUCCAGAAGCAGGAGUAGGAGUAGGAGCAGGUCCAGGUCUCCUAUAGACAAAGGGGAGAAACCUCUCUUCACUGACCCUGACGCUCCCGCCAACAAGAAGGUACUUCUACCCACACCAGAGGAACAAAAAGAGCACAAAGAAGAUCACAGAGAACGGGAGCAGGACCGCAAACAUCACCACCGACACUCUGAAGACAGAUACAACUCCCCCCGGGACAGUUACCGGGGCAACCGCGGCAGAUUCUUCAGAGGGGGCAGCCGGGGAAGUCCUCGAGGUUUCAGAGGCGGUUACAAUAACAGAGGAGGAUUCAGGAGGGGAGGGUAUACCGACAAGUAUAACAGAGGAUCUAACAAUUUUAACAAUUUCAAUAAUGGACCGAACUUCAACCAAGGACCAAUGAAUCAGGGACCGCCGGGACAGAUGGGUCAGACUCCAAUGAGUCAGGGACCGAUCAAUCCGCCACCCAACCCGAUGAUGGUAGAUCAGUUCAACCCGACCAGUUUUAACGCAGCCCCCGAAAGUUUCGCCCCGCCCACCUCCAUGAACCCAGCGUCUGCUUUUAACGGUGCAUUUCCACCACCGAUCCCAGUAACCCAGCCAGCUGCCAACAUGGCGAGCAGUGCCGCCCCACUGCUACCAGCAGCUCCCUUCCAGCAGUCUGACUAUGUCCCUCUAGUGAACCAGUACCAGCGUCCUCCUCCACCACCUCCUCCACCCCAACAACCCAAUGCUCCUCUAACUGCAACUAUUGAUUUCGGGGGCAACAAGUCCGCGGAACCACAGCCUGAAGCAGUGGUGUGCGCAGCGCGAGAUCCUCGUUUGAAACAACCCUCUGAGAAAGAGAAGUCUAGCAGUGAACCCACAUUAGCUGACAUGUUCAAAAGUCUGGAUCCAACCGCUAGCCCGUUCGGAUAAACAAAAGUUCAGUACCGAGAGUGGAUUGUUAUUGUAAACUUAUAGCGUUUGUUGAUCAGAAGGAAUGAUGGUCAGUCAGAGAAGAAUGAUAUUAAAGAACCUGCUUUGUUAGCUGCUGCCCUCCAAAUGAACAUAUUGCUAUCUUUUAUAUGUGUAUCCCAUUUUUACGGUGUACUAUGUAAAACUCGUACCCAAAUUAAAGCACAGUAACCUCUAGCACGGACUCCUGCUGUUUCGUGUGAACUCAUUUUUUGUGGGAGAAUAUGAGAAUUUUUUGGGAAAUUUGUGUGGCAAGAUACAUGUUAAACAUUUUUAUUUUGUUUUUACAUGAGCUUUUUUAAAGAUGUUUCGUAGAUUUAUAGUUUUGUUCAUACAAAUAACUGUGAACUGUGCAGCUUUUUUGUUAAUAUUUCCGGUAUUAUGGAGAUUCUCAAACAUAAUCACAAUGAAAACGAUUCGAGGACUAAUGUUUCAGUUAGACUUGCUUUGCAUGAACUUUGGAAGAUUAUUCAGUUGUGAUAUCCUGUUAAAAAUCUUUUUAAACACUCCAAGUCAAAUAAUGACUACAAUAUUAAGAACUCUAUUUUCUAUCAUAAAGCAAGAAUAAAAGUGCUUGAGUAUUUGAACCGUAUGAAACGGAAGUGGUAAAAUGGUUAAUUGCUACUUUUAUCUUUUUACUUAA